AUGCGCUUGCCACCCACGAGAGAAAGAGGAUUUCUUAGGCCGCCACAUUCACAAAAAUUAGGCCUUAUUGUUUUUAAUUUAGCGUUUGCAAUUAAUUGGUCAUGUUUACUUUGUGAAAUUUAUCCUAAUGUUCUUUGGGCCGAAAUCUUUGGUAUAAUUCCUUAUAAUUUAUUAGCAUCGAUAAGUGGUAUUGAUCUUUUAGGCCUUGUUUAUGCAACACCUUCAGUUGAUGACGAUGAAGAUUGGGUCACAAACAAACUUUUAACAAAUAAAUUGAUAUUAGAUAUCAUUGGAAUUUUGAUAUUACUACAUCCAUUUUGUUUAUUUCUACCGAUUGCAGUAAGACUGGGUUCAUAUGCAGAUCAGCCUGAAACACUUGAUAAAGCAUACUAUUAUUUUAAAAUACUUUUUAUAGCUUGGCCUAGUGGAUUGGCAUUGUUACUUGUAUUUAAAUUUUUCCUUUGGAUGAGAUUGACUUGGGUAAUAAAGCAUCAAAUAGAAACCAUCAAGGAAAAUUCUGAUGAUACAAGUAUUAGCCUUAAAUUAGUGAAGUGGCAAAAUUUAAUGAAGAAAAGGAAGCCAAACGUAGAUGAUUAUCUAAAUGAUAAUAAAGCUACCGAUAAUAAUAAAGAUAAUUCAGAAGGCGGAAAACGAUUUUCUUUUGAAAUCGCUUCUUCCACUA